GGCAGUUUAGUUUUGGUUACGGAAAAUGGCAGUACCUAUUAGUCGUUUUUUGGCGAGAGGUGCUGCAGAAUGGUUUCACGGACAUCAUCAGUAGGAACGUUGAGUGAAGCUAUCUUCUCAAACCUUGGAGACCCCUUUCAGGAACAGGCCUUUUCCAAGAGCUUUUAUCAUCCCUCACCUAUAAGAAAAACACCUAAUGACCAAAGACAGAAGGCACUGAGUGUAGUGCCACUGAAUUAUAACCAGUCUCCUCAGAAGCAACAGAAGUCCCCUGAUGAUGUGGGCAGCCCAAAUGACACAGCUUUCCUUCAGGGUUCUAAUCGUCUAGCAUUAAACCACCUUGAUUCUGACAACUCCAGUCAUUUUAAUGAAUCUUGGCCAUCAACUGAACACAGUUCUAUGCCAACUCCUGAUAGUGUUCUUGAAGGAAGAAUGCAAAGCGUUUCCACGUCAGCAAAGGAGACUGCACUAGAAAACGAUAAGAAUAGCUCCUCUGAAAUGUCUGCAGAGGAAUCUGUCAUAGGAAGGUAUAUUGAAAGGUUCAGAUUUGGACAGCCAGCAAGUCGCCAGGAACGUGAAAGCAGUAAGGUUUCUCAUCAGGGAAAAAAUGAAUUCUGGUGGCUUCAUUCCUCACCACCCUUUAGCUCCACUCCAGCUCUUUUGCUCAAAGGCUCUCCAGUGCUUGGCAAGAAAAUGGAUAUGUCUCCAGUAUUCUCCCCAGAGCAACUGAAUGUUCACCCCAGUGAAUUGCAAGAGAGAAAUUCCUCUUCUAGUCCUCCCAGACCUGCCAUUGAGCUGCUGAAAACUGGAUUAUCUUCAGUGGAAGAGUAUUCAGAUGUUUCCCAACUUGAGUCAUUGGAUUCAGAGGCUAUGCAACUUCAGGAAAAAGCCAAUAAGCUCCUUCAGCAAAGUGAGAUGUCUCUAAGCAGCUCUGCCGCAGUCAGUUCAGAAGGUGUUGGCUCAUCCCCUCUUUCUUCCAUCCCAAGUGUUAAAGAAGCUGUUCGAAGGCAGUAUAUACCAAAUUUGAUCAGUCCUUCAACAGGUGAAGUGAAUACAUCUCAGCUAUCAACAAUGUCCUUGCCUUAUUAUCCAGUCCAUAAACCUCAUUCUACCAUCCGUCCUGAGGAUGAUAUUCUCUUCCAGUGGCGACUACGCAGAAAGAUGGAGCAGGCAAGAGAGACUGCUUUGCCAGUUGUAAGCAGGAGGAAGUUCCAUUCUCCACCCAGCAGGCUUCCUAGACAGGGAGAGAUAUCAAGUACUGCAGCUGAAUCAUGUAAACUUGCAUCUAAGCAUCAUGAUGCAGAAAACCUGUCAUGUGCUGCUGAUACUGUUUACACAGUGGCAAGUCCAAUGAUGAUAAGUAAACCAAAUGAGAAACUUAAUCCCGUUUCUCCUCACCUUCAUCUGAUGUGUGAUGUGCUGCCUUGUCCAUAUAAGAAACAAUCACAGACUUUAAACAGGCUUUCAUGUGAUGUGGAGCAAGCACCUGAAACCACUCUAAUUAAAAAAGUGCAUUGUAAAUCCCCAAAUGAUGUGGCUUCUCCUGAUCACUUAGUGCCAGAACAUGAUCACAUGGGAAGCACACGGAAGAUCAGUACUGAAUCUCACAGUGAGAGUUUAAAGAGAGAAUGCCAGUCUGAGAGAGAAAUUAAUACCCUAGAUACAGGUAAAAACCAACAAAUUCUCACCAGAGCAAAAUUAAAGACUGGAGUUGAGGAACAAAUGUCCCAAAGUCAUGAUCAAAGUAAUGCUGUAUUGCUUGAAGAUCUGAGGUACACACACACAGAAAUGGAAGAGAAAAGGACCAAAGCAUUCAAACCCCCAGAUUUGUUGAAAGGAAGCAAGGCAACACAUGAAGCUUCUAGAAAGUCAGGAAUUCCUGAUGGCAGAACCAAGGGUUUGAGGCCUCAAAGGAUGAGCAAAGAACAAUAUCAUUUGUCACAGCAUGGCUCUAACCUGCCUAAAGAAAGGCACUCUAAAAAAUCGAAGAUGAACCUUGAAGAACAGGCAACAGAUCCUCCUCAGGAAAAAAGAGAAAGGGAAAGGAGGAGAGAAGCCCCUCCAUUGUCUCCUAUUCACAACAUCCUUGGGCAGGUAGUUUCAGAGGCACUUUUUUCUCCUGCUGCAUCUCCAGGAUUGCCGUAUAGAAGACCAAAGAGAUCUGCUAUAACUGAUGAAGCUAUACCUAUUCCUGACCCAGCAUCCCCUACAUCCUCAAACAUUCCACAGUCUUUGGAGGCCAUAGCACAACUGCUUGAGCAAGCUGAAGAUUCAGAUGGCACAGAGUUUGAAAAUGAUCCUUUGCUGUCCUUGUUGAGGCAACAGAGGGACCACAUCAAGGACCAGCUCAGGGAUGUAGAUCUUCGAAUGGCAGAACUACAGAAAGACUGAAAAUAGAAGAAGCACUUAUAAUUCAGACCCUUGUUUAAUCAGCUUCAUUGGCAGGAGCAGCCAUCACUAAUGGUUACAGAAUUUUUUUGUUAUUCACUGGAAAUGUUAUUUGUCCUAGUUUGUAUAGUACAGUACGACCUGGAAAUGAUUUUACGUCAUUGUGUUGUGCUGGGGUCUUCAUAUACCUCUUUGAGAUUGAAAAUGACAUGCUAAGGAAUUAUCUGUGACUGUUGAAAAAUAUUUUGACACAGAGCCAGCCCAGCUUCCUCCUGAAGAAGUAAACCCUCCAGCAUCUUACCAUCCAAACUGGCAGCAUUUCCCUCCAAAACAUUGUUUGAGUUGGUCAUAAUGCUCAAUUCUUCAUCAGAAAAACUGUUAAGUGCAUGGUCUGCAGCAUUGUCCUCCUUUUAAAAGAUCAGCAUCUCCUGGAAUAUUUGAUCUGUUUUCUUUUCUUUUUUUGUUAUCCUGUAAAUAAACACUGUAGUAAGUAACUCUGUAAAGUAAGGAUCAGAUCCUUUUCUCAUUUAAACAUUAUCAGCAGUAAAGAUGCAGCAGAAAUGUAA